AUGGCCGGCGAGGCUGUAUGUGGCCAGCUUGAAGGGCCCCCAUUAGAGACGCAUCUCUACGUGCCACCGGUCGCGUCUCCAGGCCCUCUACGUGACGUACAACACGUACAGCCUCUGCUCUCAUUGGAUGAGUCACGGACAGAGGUGCGAGGGGGUGAGGAGCUGGUGCAUAGGAGGGGGGGAGGGGGAGCUCUCACGACCUGGGAGCCGAGCCGAGCUGGUGACGGGCAUGGGAUCCGCAUUGACUCAUGGGACACGAUACACUCAUACACAACGAGUGGAACACAUAGACAUAUGAAGAGUUUAGAUAUAACAACCAAUAGGGCUCCGUCAUCACUAGUGUAG